AGGGAACGUUCUUGUUGGUAAAGCAACAUGUGGUCAGCAAACUUUAUCUUCAGUCUGCUAUUCCAUGUUUCAGGUGCCUUAUACAGACAAUGGAUUCCUGACACCAAUUUCAACAAUGCCUCAAACUGGGACAAAGGGAAAAUCCCUUGCAAAAAUGACAGAAUCCUGUUUCUUAGAGAUAAGCAGUUGUCAGUUUUUGUGCAAACACCGCUUGAUUUGAUGGAAAUGUAUGCGCCUCUUGAUGGGGAGUUCAUUCUUAGUCACAGUGCUGGAUUUGCUGCAAGUGAUGGUCAGAGUGAACCAGGAUGUGAAAGAGGUGAAGAUAUCACUUUCAAAGACCCUGAUCAGUAUAAAUGGUACGAUCCCAAAUAUUGGCAGACAACUUUAUCAAUGAGUGAGCAGGAAAAAAACAAAUACAUUUUUACUUUGGAUGAAGAAAGUGUCCCUUGCCAAUAUGAUGAUGUUGUUUUUCAACCUGGAACAUCUUUCCGUGUGGAUUUGGACAGCGAUGCACAAAAUAUUAAUGUUAAAACUAUUUCUUUAAUGAAUAUGAAAUUUGCUAGCAGUGCAGAUUUUGAUAAUUACAAGCAGUCCUACACUGGAAAACUACAGUUCUAUGGAAAUGCCUCCAUCGCUGUGACUAACACCAAGUGUGAAGAUAAAUCUGGCUGUGAUUGCGGUAACUCUGAUAAUCACAGGAGGAUUUGUUCUAAUCUGCAACAAGAACUCAGAAGCCAUUGUACAGAACUUGAUUGUACAAACCCCUUAAAGCCUCAAGGGCACUGCUGUGAGAUUUGUGGUGCCAUUAUUUAUUUAACAUAUGAUGAUCAAUUUGAUCUGGAAUUAUACAGAGAGCAACUCAUCAAUUCGUUCUUUGGUUUGGGUGACAACGAAGGUGUGCAGAUAUCCAUGACAAAAAUUUACAAAGAAAAUUUUUCCAAGCAAACUAUCCCCAAUGAUGCAGUUUCGCAUAUCCAGAUUGUGCUAAUUGAUAACGCGACCAAAUUAACAACAGGAACACUUGCCGCUCGAUUGGCAGAAGAAAUUAUGGCAGACAUCACCUCUCAAGGUGAUGCAUUUGGCAUUGUGAGUGCUGAACUGAAAAAAAGCACCAACAUUGAAGAACAGGAGGGAAGAAACAUCAGUGCUGGAAAGAUCACGGGGAUUGUGGUUGGUGUCCUCAUUGCUGCCUUGUUAACUGGAAGCCUGACAUUCUUCUUCAUUUCAGGAAGAAUCAGAGUCAAAAUUCCAUUACCCCUCAUCAAUUUCAAGAAUUAUUUUAACUGUGACGUUGCAGAGACUGUUGAUAAGGGAUUUAGCAAUCCAGUGUAUGAUCCACAAGUAAACCUAUCACCUGAUUCAUGCGGUCAUUACCCUGGAGAACAUGCAAUAAACAUUGUCCCACAUCAAGCAGGGACCAGCAUUAUUACUCCACCAUUUGAUGGGCAUGAUUUUGGAGAGCAAGAAUGUUAAAAUUUUGUGCUAUGCCAUGUAUUAAUUUUUAACGUACUAAAAAACAAUUCAGUCUAGGAGUCGUUUGCAGACCAGUGUAUCCAUGUAAACCAAAAGUGUGGUAGAAUGGUAGUCACGGUUAACUUCAUUUUCAGACUCGUUUCAAUUGAAGCUAUUCUCACAUGGUAGUGUAUAUGGUUGGAAAUUGUUGAAGUACUUAAAUUUUCUCUGGUGAAGUUUGAAUAUAUGAUAAAAUGUGUUCUUCCCCUUCAAUAUGCAAAUGUUGGGCCGGCUGAACAGAUGAACUGAGUUUUCUGUUAGAAACCCUAACUGGUGAAACUAGUGAAUCCACAACGUAUUGUUUCCUUUCUGUUUGACGCUAAAUAUUUUAUGUCAGUCUUACUUAUCAAAGAAUAUAAUUGAACUUUGAAUUUUAGAUUAAAGAGAAGAUCCUAGUGUGAAUCAAGGGAAUAAUGAUGGUACAAAGGUGGAUCAAUGAAAUGGAAAAUUGAAAAGAUUUUUAAAAAAAUGACUAAUACUUCGGGAGAGAACUGAACCAAAGGAACUGGGUUACACUUCAUUAUCAUAGAAUUGUUAUGGUGAAUCCUCCUAAUUUGAAACUGACUUAUAAGUAGUGAGAGAGAGCUCUGAAGUUAUUACUCUUGUGCUGGUCACCCUUGUCCUUAUUCAGUCCUGAUGUGAUUAAGUUGUGAGCCUAACACAGGGCUCCUUUCCAUGUAGAAGGCCAGGAGGAGGAAUUUUAAUCAUAGCAGAAUUGUCAUGUCCUGAUGCAGGCUGACAAGAGAGUGUUUUAUUUUGAACUGUGAACAGGUAAAUUAUCAUUGCCUUAAGUAUACGUGAUUAAUUUGCAUAAACUUUUAUCGAAUGAAGGCAGCUUCAUCAAGACGGGUAAGUGGAUCGACCAUAAUAAAACAAUAUUCAGGCAAU